AUGGUCAUGGAUAGGGACACGUAUGGAAACAAUUUGAGCAAAUCAUCAGUGGUCUAUGAGGCAGAGGACAAUGGAAACGCAGUGUGCUCUGGGCAAACACGUGUUCUGUGCACUGUAGAUUAUGGGAGGCAGUUGUUCCUGGCCUAGAUAGUCCCACCUAACUUCAGCCUCUUUGAGGUGGUCCUCGAGAUGUGGAAGCAGUGGUCCGCUGCUGUGCAGAUGGAGGAGCAGCACAGGUCCGUGUGCCAUAACCUGGCUCAGAUGUUCUCAGCACUCCAGGUUGCCAGCCAUCGUUAUGAUAAGCUCAAGGAAACAAAGAGCGAACCCGAAGCCAGUGGUUCCGUUGCUGAGCACAGCACCCUCCUCCCCAGCCUCUGCGGAGUCACUUCCUCCAGCCGGGGCCGGCCCACCCUCUUCUCCCCGCCCACAAGAGCUGAGCCGAGGUCUCCGCAUCGGACCCGGGGCCACCUCGCCAUGGCCGACACGUACGCCGUGGUGCAGAAGCGUGGCACCCUCGUGGGUCCCGGGCCAGAGGCAAGCGCGUACGGUGCCGAGGCAGAGCCUCUUUACAGCCAAGUGACACCGCGCGCCCAGAGGCUCCGGGACACCCCGGCUGACGCGGGACCCGCGGCGGAGGACCCGCAGCGCACAGCCCCCGGUCUGGCUCCUGCGAACCACGGCCCCGCCUGGCCAGGCGCUUAUGAAGAUGUGGUGGACGGGAUCCAGGCCAGUGGACUAGGCUUCAACCUGCGCAUUGGAAGACCGAAGGGACCUCGGAACCCGCCUGCCCAGUGGACUCAGGUGUGAAUGGAGCGGCCGGCCGUGCCUGCUGGGGCCUCACGUUACUGCCCAGACUGCUCCGCCAACUGCCAAUGGUCUUUUUUUGUGUGAAAUGUUGGGAAUAGGGAUCUUGAGCCUGGAUCAAAAUAAAAGUUUCUAAGAGUGGGGAAUAUGGGGGCGUUGCCUCAAUAAUUGUGUCCUAGUUGAGAGGACUGCACCCAGCAGAUUCAAGCAAGAAAAUCAAGAAUGGGCCUAAACCCAAGGGACUACAUGAGCACAGUCCCCAAUUUUGAGGGGGAAAUGGCUAGCUUGGUCUUUGGGGGACUGCCUUCCAUCAUCACACUGUGGAUUAGUCUCACCUCAGUAUCUGAUGGCCCAUCACUCAGACAGUAAGAUGUCCACGCAGAGUGAUGAGUGGAUCUAAGAACGACAGCCAUCGAAACAGGUUCAAGCCACCAUAACCACAGCUAAUUAGACUGACCCUUGUCUGAUGAGCAAAUAUCGCUGCACAGAGACAGACAAAUCUCAGAGCUGCACAGACAGACAGCCUCCUUCUGAGGUGCAGGCUACAGAUAGGUGGAUGGACUCCCAACUGAAGAGAUAGAACAACCAACAGCGUGACAGCCCGACCGCAGAGAGAUUGCCAAACAGAUAGCAUCCUUAAACGAUAGACUCCUUAGUUAAGGACAUGGAGGGGACCCAAUCUGACCUCCUUUGGCUUCCCUAUUAUCACAAGGCAGAGGUUAGACAUGCCUCCACACUCCAUCCUUUUUACCUCUUCUGACCAACCAAGCAGCAAGAAACAGUCUAAAAAAAGGAAAGAAAGAAACAGUUCCCGUCCAGAUAAGACAUCAGAUCAGACAAUUCCAUAGCUGACAAACAAAAGCAAAUUUACCCAUGAUGCUCCAAAACUAUUAUCCUAUUCUCUAGGCUCCCUCCUAAUACAUACGGUCUUCCCAAACAGAUAUCUGUCUGUUCUCCCUGGCAGUCUCUAAGCUAUUCCUUCCAAUCCACUGCCCCCAGGCUGUUGUCAAAUCAUCCUGUAUCUAUGAUAUGCAAGCCUCAGCCUGCUAUCUGUGCAGACACAUUUAUGAUGAGAAUUCAUUGAACCGGUGUAUAUGUAAAGUGCUUUGUUCAAGGUCUUGCACUGUGUUCAAUACAUGCUACGACGUAGUCAGCUCUGAUGCUGUGCUCAGUGUCCAUCCUAGAACAUGUCAUUUGCCCUUUGGGGGGAUUGGGAAAAUCAAGAAUAAAGUUAUUUUCAUUAAUUUCAA